CUCCUGGUGUUCCCAUGCCUUUCAUCUUCUGGCAUGCUCAUGCUCCCAGCAUCCCCGUGCUCCCAGUGUCUCUGCGAUCCCCAUGUUCCUGCCAUCUCCAUGUUCCCAGUGUUCCCACCAUCCCUGUGCUCCCAGCGUCCCCCUGCUCCCGGCAUCCCGGCCACGGGGACCCCCAGUGAUGCCUCUCCCCCUUUUUCUCCUCCCCACCCCGCAGGAGGAGCGGCCGAGCCGGAGACGAUGACGGCCGGGAGCGCCGAAACCAACGGCCCCAUGCGGGAGGUGGAGUUGGGGGGCACCAAACCACCAGCCCCCCCUGCCCCGUCGCGGCGCCGGGGACGCCGGCUGCGCCGCAAGUCACCCCCGGAGGUCCAGGUGAAAGGGCAGCUCCGCAUGCGCUCACCCUCAGGAGCCUUCGUCAUGGUGGGCAUCUCGGUGGUCCUGGUGGGCAUGACCAUCGCCGUGGUGGGCUACUGGCCCCACCGGGGAGCUGGGAGCAGCGGGGCCGGCGCGGGGAAUGCCAGCAUCGCAGGGGACAUGAGGAGGGAGGUGGCCGCCGGGCGCCACGUGCCCCACAGCGAGAAGCUCAAGCUGAUCGGCCCCGUCAUCAUGGGCAUCGGGCUCUUCAUCUUCAUCUGCGCCAACACCAUGCUCUACGAGAACAGGGACAUGGAGACCCGCCGGCUGAUGCAGAAGGGGCUCUACUCCAUGGCGGCGGGUCUCCCUGAGGGGACGGGCCCAGAGGACGGCCACUGCCAGCGCGGGGAUGGCCAGCCCGUCCCCAAGGCCAACGCCGAGUGCGUGGAGGGUUGCUACCAGGUGGAUCUCUCCUGCCAGCCCUGCCCCGGCCCCGGCAGCAAAUGGUCCGACUGCUACGGUCCCAACCGGCUCCAGACCACGGCCGAGCUCCUCCAGCAGCCGGUGGCAUCCCCCGCCGCCUCCCUCCUCAGCCUCCGCUCCGGUGCCUCCGCCGAGGCCAACCUCGGCCUCUCCUGCCGCGCCGGAGCCGAGUCCCUCCUCUCCUCGGCCGUCGGAGCCUUGGCCUUGCCCGUCAUCAAGCUCAACAACUGUUUGCUGGAGGCGGCGGCACGGGGAGCCAUCGACCGGUCAGAGGGGAGCCCCGUCGAGGCCCCCCAUGAUGCCCCACGGCUCUCCCGGGGUGGCAGCGUCGCGCCCCGUGGCCAAGACCGUGAUGGUGGUGGCCAUGUUGUCAUCAACGUGGAUGGUGGCCACCCUGGCAUGGAGCUCAGCCUGGAGGCACAGCUCCACACCGCAGGCCACUCCAAGUCCCUGGACCUCGGCCGGCCGGGGGUGCUGCUGGUGGCCCCCAUCAAGGACCGUAAGAACCGGAGCUGGCCCCGGCUGGACCACGUCAGCCUGGUGGGUUACGCCAAACUGGAAAGUACUGGCGAGUCCUCGGACCAGCUGCUGGAGCCCAGCGAGCCCCCGAGCCGGGGGGAGCCCCGACCCAGCUCCUGGGUGGUGGGGAUGGAGCGGGGUGAGCGGGUCUGAUGUCCCCAUGGCCCCCAUGACAUUGCAGUCUCUCAUCCUGGCCACCAGCACCCAUCAGCGACACCAAAACCCCACGUCCUGGAGAGGUUUGGGGACAGUGUUUUUAAGCAGAUGCCAAGAGGGAGGUCCUGACGUGCUGCUCCUGGGGGAGGACUCGCCUGGGGUGGGAUGUCCUCUCCUGGCUGCCUCUCGAUGGCUUCCCGGUGGAUGCCCUUGGCCUUACAAUCCCUUCUCCUGGUGGCUUUUCCAGAGGAACCCUCGCUUUGGGACCCAACACAAAACUGCGGGGUGGGGACAUGGGGCGGGCAAAGCCCUGCCGGCCCCCGCAGCACUUUAUUAUUUCAGCGGGGUUGGGGGGAUGUUUUGGGGAGGGGGGAGGAGGGUGUCCCCUUGCCCAACCUCAACCCACCAGGAAAUUUGCUUGACCGGAGCACGUAAGCCCAACGGGGCUAUUAAAUAUUAUCUCGAUGCCACAUGGUCCCACCUCACCUUGUUGUCUCCCCCGCGGGAUGCUGAGGGUGGGCUGGAGAGGGUAAAGGAUGCUCUGUAACCAGGUGCUGAAUAUUUGCAGGAUAAGGUGAUAAGUAUAAGGUUUGAGAUUGGUAUUUUUGUGCAGAGUAGGAUGCAAAAGGUGCCCAGGGAUGCUGCAGGAGGCUGAGAAAUUAAAUCAGAGUCGCUGGGAUGCGGCGGUUCCCAGAGCCCGCCUGCGGGUCGGGGUUUAUCUGAGCUGUUUUCUGGUGAGGUGAAGGAUGGGGAGCGGGAGGAUGCUGAUGGUGGGAAGAUGU